UGCUUGCCGGUCAGCUGACCUAGGAAUGUACGCGUUACAAAACAUUGAAACUAGCCUCACAGCUACCGUCCUUCCACCAGAGUCGCAGAAGUGCGUGUUUUCAACCUCACAACUUGUUUUCAUUGAAUGUGGUCGGUGGAGUAUGUCAACUAAUGGAUCCUGCUACCGCUACACCUCCGAUACAGGAAGAUUGUGAUACUGAACCGAGUUCGGUCUGGAGCUGGUGGCCUUCCUGGCGUCCGACCUCCAUGUCCCUGUUGAAGACCACAGAGUCCAAGAUUCUUGCUUGUAUCCAGAAUGACCUAUGGGCUAGAUUUGUGACCCUACCAAACCAGGAUCGAAUAUGGACUCUGACCGUCACCAACAAGGCGAAGCGCAAUCCUGCAGAACAAGCCAAAAAGACUCCCCUGGUGAUGGUCCACGGAUUCGGAGGAGGGGUUGGUCUGUGGAUCAGGAAUCUAGAAGCACUGAGUCGGUCACGGCCUGUUUACGCCUUUGACCUCCUGGGCUUUGGCAGGAGCUCCAGGCCCCCGUUCCCCUCAGAUGCUGCCAAGGCAGAGGAGCAGUUUGUCGACUCCAUUGAGCAGUGGAGGCAGUCUGUGGGCCUGGAGAACAUGAUUCUGCUGGGACACAGUCUUGGGGGGUACCUGGCUGCCUCCUACGCCAUCCAGUACCCUGCGAGAGUGUCACAUCUCAUCCUGGUAGACCCCUGGGGUUUUCCAGAGAGACCCCAGUCUCAGAACCAGGAGGGUCAAGGUCAGGGUGCAGAGGUGGUGAAGAGGCCGGGCCCUCCUCGCUGGGUGAAAGCCAUCGCGGCUGUUGUUUCCCUCUUCAACCCACUGGCUGUCAUCAGAGCAGCAGGGCCAUGGGGUCCGGGCUUGGUGAACAGAUUUCGUCCAGAUUUCAAAAGGAAAUUUGAAGAUCUGUUUGAUGAUGACACUAUGACGAAGUACAUCUACCACUGUAACGCUCAAACCCCGAGUGGUGAGGUGGGUUUCCGGGCCAUGUCAGAGUCUCUGGGCUGGGCCAAGAGGCCCAUGCUGCAGCGGGUUCACCUGCUGCCCCCCUCCAUGCCCCUCACCAUGCUGUACGGAGCGCGGUCCUGGGUGAGCAGCUCGUCUGGAGACAGUGUGCUCCAGAUCAGGAACAAAGCCAACACCAGCGUGCUGCUGAUCGAUGACGCCUCUCACCAUGUGUAUGCUGACGAACCAGAGGAGUUCAACAGAGUGGUGGAAAAUCUUUCCUGCCUGCACCCACGCCGUGUGGAAGUCCCCAAAGCCACGUCCAAAUGAUACAGAUAUUUCCAGAAUAAUGCGACUGCAUGUGUACUAAAAUAAACAAUGGAGCAUUAUAUAAAACUUAAGCUUUUUGUUUUGUCAUCAUCACACAAUACGUCCUCAUUUUGGCACAACCCUGGUGUGAAUUGUUGUGUGUGUAUGUGUGUGUGAAAGGACUGAAAGUUUUCAUACAGUUGGUGUCAGUUUCGGCACUUAAACCAUUGCACUUGAAGCAAGCGGGAUGGUUUUGCGUCGGGGCGUAUAUCUAGAGCUCAACACUGGUCUGAAUGUAACUUGUUAAUGGUGAUAUUAUCGUAGUGAAGUUAUCUUUAUUUGUUAGCUCAUAUAAGCUUUCUUUUAAGGUGGUCUUGAUUUAUUUAUAACAUGAAUGAUUUUAUUUGUCAAUGUGGUCAUACAGAGUAAUAACUGAACCACUUCAUCCAGUGCUAAAUCAUGUUGCCCAGUGUUGUAUUUAUAAGCACGCACAGCAGUCUGAUGCUCUGGGUUUAUAUUUGGCAGAGCUGCCACACAGCUACUGAUUCAUACUUUGUACAUGUGCCUGACAUGAACCAUUAAGUACUGUAUGAGAUGUUUUGUUCUUUUGAUUCUUGCUUUGUUCAUUGAUCUGUCCCGCAGUAUCAGACAGCUGUUUGUAUUUUAUACCGUUAAAAAACAAUAAAGAGUAUUUGACAGUA